AUGCCUUUCACCCUGCUGCCUUCCGACUUCUACCCACUCAACCCCGAUAACGCGUCUUAUCUGAACACAGACGCAAUCUCCCUCCUCGGCCCCGGCAACUCCCUCAUCACAGGCGGCGGCGCCGCCUCCGCAAUCGACAAAGUCAUCCAACACAACGGCUAUCCCGAGACCGUCACCAUCAGCAACUACACCGUCCAGGGUGCUGGCAAGCUCUACCGCUCGUGCGGCGACUGCACCAAUAACGGCGGGCCGCGGCACGUCAUCGUCCAGAAUGUGAGGGUCAGUGGGAUGACGAGUGAUCUAGUGGGGAUCAAUUCGAAUUACGGGGACACGGCGAGCGUGAGUGGGAGUUGUGGAGUUAGUAAGAAGGUGUGUCAGGAGUAUAAGGGGGUGAAGAAGGGGGAAGGGAAGAGCGAGAAGGUUGAUGGGACGGGGAAGUGUGGUGGUGCGCAGGGUGGGUUGAGUAAGCUGCCGGCUUGUUGA